CCAUAACUCAUCCCUCUGGCUCUUAGUGAGAGACUUGUGCUGAUGAUACCAGUGACCAGUGCCAACAUGGGUCUUCUGAAUAUAUUUGAUGAGUGCAGAAAGACCUCUGUUUGUCCAUAGAAUGUGAUCGAGCGUGCGUUCGGCUAUAGGGCAUUUUCGCAUAUUCUUUACAAGUGUAUGUCCCGUCCUCUUACACCUUGCUACAUCAUCGUCCAGUUGACUCAGCACUCCCUUGCUAUCACCCCCACAUGUGUUUCCACCUGUGAUAGCCCUUGAGCAUACUGCUCUUGUCUCUCAAAUCACGUCCUUCCUGUCCGGCCAUAGACCUUCCAUGUGAUGAUGAUGAUGAUGAUAAUCAUAAAUCUUUCUAUUAUCUUGUGUUAUUUCUUCUCUAUUAGUCUUUCUAUUGUACAGCUUCGAAUUUUGCUUGGUAAUUUAUUUAAAGAUCCACUUAAUAUCCAAAAUCUUCAUCGCACAUGGCUCUUUUACCCAACCAUCCAUCAUCCAAAGUUGAAUGUAGCAUUUGUUGCAAAUUGUCUUUGCCAGUGGAAGUUCCAGACAUAUUGAAGUUGUCAGAGUUAUCCAUUGAUGAUGAUAUUCCUUAAGUG